AAUCUAGCACAGCAGCAGCAACCUCCCUAGUUCUCAAAGUGUCUUUCCAUUUGAAAAACCAUUAAAUAAAUCGUUUCUCCUCCUCCUCUUCUCUACCAUCCCAACACACACAAAAAGAAGAUCAACUUCAAAUCAAGCUCAGAUCCCAUCCUCUCUCGAACGCCACCUUUUCCUCCAGAUCCAGCCUCGAUCUACCAAAUCACCGUCACCGAUCUCCGUCUCUACUUCAUUGAUGGAGAACUUGAUUACUUUAGUAAAUAAAAUUCAAAGAGCUUGCACUGCUCUUGGUGAUCAUGGUGAAGCUAGUGCAUUACCUACUCUGUGGGACUCCUUACCCUCCAUCGCCGUCGUCGGUGGCCAGAGUUCGGGGAAGUCAUCGGUGUUGGAGAGUGUAGUAGGGAAGGAUUUCUUGCCUCGUGGAUCAGGUAUCGUUACGCGGCGGCCACUUGUGUUGCAGCUUCAUAAGAUCGAUGAAGGAAGUAGAGAAUAUGCCGAGUUCCUUCAUCUCCCAAGGAAAAGAUUUACUGAUUUUGCUGCUGUGAGGAGGGAGAUUCAAGAUGAGACUGAUAGAGAGACUGGUCGAUCAAAGCAAAUUUCAAGUGUUCCAAUUCAUCUUAGUAUUUACUCUCCUAAUGUUGUCAACUUGACAUUGGUUGAUCUUCCUGGGCUUACUAAAGUAGCAGUUGAGGGUCAACCAGACAGUAUUGUGCAAGAUAUUGAAAACAUGGUUCGCGCUUAUAUCGAGAAGCCCAACUGUAUAAUUUUAGCAAUUUCACCUGCCAAUCAAGAUCUUGCUACCUCUGAUGCUAUUAAAAUCUCUCGUGAAGUGGACCCUACAGGAGAGAGGACCUUAGGAGUCUUGACAAAGAUCGAUCUUAUGGAUAAGGGUACUGAUGCAGUUGAUAUGUUGGAAGGAAAAUCUUACCGCCUAAAAUUUCCCUGGGUCGGUGUGGUGAACCGCUCACAAGCAGAUAUUAACAAGAAUGUGGACAUGAUUGCUGCUCGGCGUAGAGAACGCGAGUAUUUUUCCAGCACCCCAGAAUACAAGCACCUUGCCCACAGAAUGGGUUCAGAGCAUCUAGCAAAGAUGCUGUCAAAGCAUUUGGAAGUUGUAAUCAAGUCCAAAAUUCCAGGCAUUCAGUCCCUGGUCAACAAAACAAUUGCUGAACUUGAAUCGGAAUUGAGUCGUCUUGGAAAGCCUAUUGCUGCAGAUGCUGGAGGAAAGAUGUACUCAAUCAUGGAGAUUUGCCGCCUUUUUGAUCAAAUAUACAAAGAGCAUCUUGAUGGCGUCCGACCUGGUGGUGAUAAAAUUUACAAUGUUUUCGAUAACCAGCUUCCUGCUGCUCUGAAAAGGUUACAGUUUGACAAGCAACUUUCAAUGGAAAAUAUUCGGAAAUUGAUCACUGAAGCUGAUGGAUAUCAGCCUCACUUGAUAGCUCCUGAACAAGGAUAUCGUCGUCUCAUUGAAUCUUCUGUAGUUACUAUCCGAGGUCCUGCUGAGGCAGCUGUUGAUGCGGUUCAUGGCCUUCUGAAGGAUUUAGUUCACAAGGCUAUCAGUGAGACUAUAGUAAGUUUGUAUCAUUUCCAACUCUAAUUGCUUCUACAAAAUCCUUGUUCUCGGUGCAUUUUGUUAGCAAGGGGCUUACAUUCCCUGAAUUGAAUUUCGUAAAGUUCCUGCAUGCUUACGUACACUGGCAGCUUCCCCUUUUCUUUUAAAUGCUUGUGUGUGUAAGGCUAAAUACAUUGCAGCACACUAGAAGUUGCAUUACCUUUUGGUAGUUGUAUUAAGUGUUGUGUAGUCAGUGAAAUAAGGCGUUACUCUCUAGGAAAAUAGAAAUGAAUACAUCUUCAAACUCAGUUUGUCAUGUAUGAGAAUUUGUUACCUAGGAGUAUUUGAAAAGGUGGGAAAAAGGGAUGAAAAGGAGAGAGGCUUGAGAACCUGACAUUGCACUUUACAAGUAAUAAGCAAAAUAUUGACUGAUGCCUUUGAAUGUAUGGCGGAAAGUGCCUGCUUCUCUCAGCUUGCAACAUGUAAUGGACCUCCAGCAAAAAUUCUUGUUUUACCGUUGUCCAUCAAUCGGAAACAUCUUUUUUUUUUUUUUUUGUGGAUGUGAUUUCAAGAAUCAUUCUCCACCUUAUUUUUUGGAGGCAUUUGAUCUCAAGAUAUUCAAUAAGUUGAAAACUUAUGCUGCUAAAAGAAGAUCGAGUCAAACUCACUCCUCUUCUAGUGUUUUAUCAUUUUUUUCCUUAGUAUUUGAUUACCUCAGAUGCUUUAUCCUGGUUUUGCACUAUAUGUCAUGGGUCCCCAUUGGGCUGUUGGAUAAUGUUGCUUUUGAUGAUUCUCAGGAGUUGAAGCAGUAUCCUGCUCUUAGAGUAGAGGUCAGUAAUGCUGCUAUUGAGUCACUUGAUAGAA